AUGGAGCGCAAAUUACGUUACAUUGAGGGCGAACUCAUGAAGGACAAUUUCAUCAUUUUUGAACCAGACGAGAUUCCUGAAGCUCCGCCUCCGAAGGAGAUGCUGGAGCUAGAAACCAAUCUAGACAAACUUGAAAACGAACUGCGAGAAGUCAACUUUAGUGUCGAGCAAAUGAAAAAUUCCUUCAUGGAGUUGACAGAAUUAAAGAUGGUUCUCCGUCGUGCUCAACUAUUCUUUGAGGAAGGUUCUUACGAGGUCAACGUGAAUCUUGCUGGCGGUGAUGAAGUGCUUGUUGAGGUUCCUGAACACCGAGAACAAAGAGAAGCUCUUUCUGGUUACAUUGAGAUGGUUCCUCAACCGGGAGAUUUCGACGUUGGUUUCCGUCAAGGCCAUGCCACAUCUACUACGUACACCAGUCACCAUGUUGAUUUCGUUGCCGGUGUAAUCCUUCGAGAGCGAAUUGCGCCAUUUGAAAGGAUGCUGUGGCGUGCAUGUCGUGGAAACAUUUUUCUGCGUCACACUGAUCUCGAAAGUAUCGAAGAUCCAGCCACGGGCGAGCCCUUGGACAAGUGCAUGUUCAUGGUCUUCUUUCAAGGAGAACAACUUCGAUCGCGUGUAGAGAAGAUUUGUGACGGUUUCCACGCCACCCUCUACACCUGCCCCGACACGCAGGAGAAGCGUCAAGCGAUGCUCCUCGACGUGACUACGCGUCGCGAGGACCUUCAGGUGGUGCUGCACCGCACAUCCGAGCACCGGAUGCGCGUCCUCGAGACGGCCGCGCACAGCCUGCGCGAGUGGUUCUACAAGGUGCACAAGAUGAAGUCCGUGUACCACGCGCUGAACCUCUUCAACCUCGACGUGACCACCAAGUGCAUGAUCGGGGAGUGCUGGUCCGCCGUCUCCGACCUCGACACCGUCCACAUGGCUCUGCGACGCGGCAUGGAGCGCUCCAACUCCAGCCUCCAGCCCAUCCUCAACCGACUGCACACCACGGAGCAGCCGCCCACUUUCCACCGAGUGAACAAGUUCACCAGUGCCUUCCAGAACAUCGUCGAUGCGUACGGCGUUGCGAGGUACCGCGAGGUGAAUCCCGCGCUCUUCUCCGUCAUCACCUUCCCCUUCUUGUUCGCGGUCAUGUUUGGCGACGCGGGACACGGAUUGAUCAUGUUCCUCGCCGGCCUCUUCUUGGUUCUUUGGGAAAAGAGACUGAUUGCCUCGAAGGUGAAGGGUGAGAUGUGGGACACGUUCUUCGGUGGUCGCUACAUCAUCCUGCUGAUGGGCGCCUUCUCCAUCUACACCGGCAUGGUCUACAACGACAUCUUCUCCAAGGCCACCAACAUCUUCGGCUCCUCGUGGUACCCCCUGUACGACGAGCGCACCCUCGACCGCGGCGAGCCGCUUCAGCUGAACCCCGCGGUCCACUCGGCCACCAACGUCACCGGCAUGUUCGCGGGCUUCCCGUAUCCCUUCGGCCUGGACCCGGUGUGGCAGUUGUCCCAGAACGCCAUCAUGCUCACCAACUCCUUCAAGAUGAAGAUGUCCAUCAUUAUCGGUGUGCUCCAUAUGCUCUUCGGUAUCAUCUUGGGUGCUUUCAAUUACAAGUUUUUCAGGAAUUCGCUGGCCAUUUACUGCGAGCUCAUCCCCGAGGUCAUCUUCCUGCUCUCCAUCUUCGGCUACCUCGUCGCCAUCAUCUUCUACAAGUGGAUCGCUUACGACGCAAACGACGCCCCCACUGCGCCGAGUCUUUUGUUGGUUCUCAUCAACAUGAUGAAAUUCUCUUACGACAACAAAGAUGGUGUUCAGCCCCUCUACAGCGGUCAGCUCGUCCUGCUGCCGUGCCGUCAGGAAUCAAACUCGCCUUCUGGUUGUGCUCCUGGCGAACUUGGAUCCUUCAAGGAUCUGCUAAAUUCGGCCCACGCGCACUGGAUGCUCACACACUUUCCCUGUAUCUCCUUCACCGAUUGCGUGGACUUCAAAAUUGUUGUUCAAAGCAUCCUGGUGGUACUUGCAGUCCUGUGCGUGCCGUGGCUGCUCUUCGCCAAACCCCUUCUCCUGCGUCGACAAAACCGCAUUCGCACCACCAUCAACGCUAUUCGCGCAGCGGGUGAAAACGGUCUGAGUGGUCCCCAGGCAGGCGGUUCCGGUGACUACGUGCCUUUCCGCAACGAGUCGUCUUCAAACCACACCGCCAACUCGUCCCACCACGUCGAUGGUGAUGGUGGUGGUGGUGGUGGCCACGGCGAUUCUGGGAAGUUCGAUUUCGGCGAGGUGUUGACCUACCAGGCGAUUCACACCAUCGAGUUCUGCCUCGGAUGCAUCUCCAACACCGCCUCCUACCUCCGGUUGUGGGCUCUCAGUCUAGCGCAUGCUCAACUCUCCGAAGUGCUCUGGGAGAUGGUGAUGGUGAAGGGUCUCAAGGUGGACGGCUACUACGGCUGCAUCAUCCUCUUCUUCGUGUUCGCCGCCUGGGCUGUACUCACUGUCGGUGUGUUGGUCCUGAUGGAAGGCCUCUCCGCCUUCCUCCACGCUCUUCGUCUUCACUGGGUGGAGUUUCAGAACAAGUUUUACGAGGGUUCUGGAUACCUCUUCGAGCCCUUCUCCUUUGUUCACAUCGACAAGCUCUCCGCAGAGUGA